AUGUAUGAAUGUGAGGCGUUGUCACUAGAGCAACCUAUACAAUGCGUUGUCACCAUAGCAACCAAUGCAAGGCGUUGUCACCAUUGCAACCCGUCCAUCAACCCCGCACAAACUUAUCCAUACAUUGUCUACCGCACAGAGAGUUGUCCUGUCGACACAACCGCAAGCGGUAGCACCGACGCAGUGUGUCCCGUAGGUGCACCUGAAGACACCACACUCGGGUGCAAAAGCCCUGACCCAAACUCUGAAGAAUUGGACCCCACGAAUAACAUGUACAAACCCGAGAGUAUGCAGAGCAUGCAUCCAAAGCAGACAGAGAAGCUAGAGACUGAGCGCGUAACCAGCACGAUACCACGCGUGGACGGGCACAAGUGGGUGUAUCCGUCGCCACAGAUGUUCUAUAAUGCCAUGGCCAAGAAGGGAUGGGACCCAAAAGAACAGGACAUGUCGACAGUCGUCGCUAUCCACAACAACGUCAACGAACAGACUUGGCACAAGGUUAUGAUGUGGGAGUCACUACACCCACCCCCACGCAAUGGACCUCCGCCUCCCGCGCCUACACUCAAGUCAUUCGAGGGCAAGCCCACCACUCUGACACCCAAAGCACGUUUCAACACAUGGAUGGGUAAACAAGCACCGUUUGACCGACAUGACUGGGUCAUAGAACGGGGCCCUGCGGAUGGGCCUAAAGUGGAGGUGCGCUAUGUCAUCGACUUCUACGCCCACGACCCUGGGAACGGCAUGCCCCCCACUACGCUUAUUGAUGCUCGUCCGGCAAUUGAUUCUUUUGGCAGUCUGGUGGAUAGGUUCCGCAUGCGAGCGCUGGUGUUGCGGCGGAAGUGGGGCUUUGACUCUCCGCAGAACGAUAGCAAUUCGCCAGGGCCGGUCAUGAACAGUUGAUACGACCUGUGGUUACCCAGAAUAGUUAAAUGAUGUGGCUGCAGUAUGAAAAAGCUAGAAGAUACCAAGCAAAAGGCCAGAGAUGGUGUCUGUAGUUGGAUGUUAAUAAACAAGAUCAGUGGGAU